CCAUUUGCCUGCUCUCGUCUCUUCACGGGCAUCUCCAACGGAACAAAUGAGGCCUCUUCCUCCACUUCCAUUGGCAUUUCCACUUCACCCUUCCACGUCCCAGCCUCCACAGUUAAGUCUUCUCCUCGUCCUCUCGUCUGUACUCAGUCCCAUACAAGUAUUGAUUUUCCUCUCACUCUCAUUAAUGGUUCGGAUGUAACUUCACACACUGCAACUACCUCCACUGAUUUCAUCUCGCUUGGCCGGGCAGUUAAUACCAAGGCCAAUUCACUAGAUCAGGCAAUCAUACCAAGCACCGGUGAUGGACCAUUCGUGACGAGGCACGUAGCUACCACAUCUUCAAGCGUCAAUUCCUCAUUUAAUGCUUCUGUUGCAGGACGAAGCAGUGGCUGCAGCUAUGCUCAAGAAGUGAAGUACGGUUCAGGGGGAGUUGGGAGCUCCGGCUUGUCUGCACCAAGCCUGGAUGCGGACAGUCUGGUACGCCAGACUGCACGCGCUACUGUUUGGAAUCGUGUGCUAGCCGCAGAGGCGGCGGCCGCCGCCCGCCGAGCUGCUGCAGAACAGGCUGAGCGGACGGCCCUUUUAACAGCAGCAGCCGCUGCGGCGACUGCAGCCAGCUCAGCUGCUGCCGGUGGUGGAAUCUGUGGAGGCGCUUCUGUUGGUGGUUCUUGUUCAUCACUACCACCGGGUACCCUAGCUCUUCAAGCUUCAACUUUCUUGUCAUCUGGAUUUGGCCAUCAGGCAUUCACACAAGCCAUUGGAUUUUCCCAACAUCAAUUGCAUCUGGCUCUGCAGCAGCCGCAGCACCAGCUUAUGGGAUCUAGCAUGGAUUUGAUGACACAACAACAAAAUCACCAUUUCCAGCAACAGCAACAAUUACUUCGUCAGCAUAUCCAACUGAUACGUAGUGGUAGUCGCUUCUCCUGGCUAUCGGCCGAUGUGUUGACCAAUCCAUUGAUUUUUGGCCUUCCUGGCGCUCCUAUGGUACCAGCCAUUCUUAAAUCGAUGCCUGUGCUCUCCUUCCCCCCUAGAGCUCAGCCACAUCUAUCGGCCCGUCGAGUGAUUCAAGUUGGGAGAGAUGCCAAUUGGCGACAAGUGUGCUUUGGUCUGGGGCGACGUCGCCGUCAGUUUCUGCAACAGGCUCGUGCGUUUCUUAUCGACCAUCCCAGGAUACGCGGUCGCUUUUAUCGGAAUAACCAACAUUCUCUUAAGUCAGCAGGCUGCUCAGCUACAAUUAGAGCAAAUUCUCCAAUCGACUCUGCUUCACUCCUUAAUCAAAUCGCUCUUGGAAUUCGUCAACUUAAACCAGAAGAAAAAGAAGUCGGGGCUGAACUUGAAAGUGAGAUAAAGGAAGAGGAUGAAAGCGAAACAGAGGACGUUACUGAAGAUGUAGAAAACAAGGUUAAGGACAUUGAGAGCGAAGUGAUGCAGAUUGAAGGAAAAGCGUUUAGUGAGAUGGGCCGCUUGGUCGUCAAACCCGAAAAUCAUUUAUACAAGCCGAUGAACAAAAAGGCUAUAGUUGAGCGAUUCAAUUCUGGGACAAAUUCUAACCGUCGCUUUCCAGCAACCACUAUAUUUGCCGCUAAUGGUACCCCUAACACACGCUACUCUGCGCCCAGACCGGCCAAGCAGUGCUCAUUCAAUGGAAAUACAAUUUUGCCUAGUCUCACUAAAACAGACAGCUUUUCUCCUAUCACAGGCUUGACCGUGUCUCGACCCUCAGGUAUUGUUUAUUCGACAGGAGUGAACAAAGAGAACAGACGACCAAUUUCUUGA